UAACAAGUUUUGAACUGAAGAUCCACACAUUGACACUUCCACACGAAUUAGAAUACUAGAAAUUUUUUCAGCUCUGCAUGUGCUAUUAGCUAAGUUUUAUAACUUAAGAAUUUUCUUUUGCUAUCGAGGUUUGAGAACUUUUUCAUAGUUUUAAGUCAUUCAACGAAAUACAGUAUUCUCUAACUGCAUGCAAAUGUCACACAGGUUACCGUACUUCUGUGAAUCCGAUUAGGCCUAAACUUAAUUACUAGUUUAUAUUUCAUACUAUUGUCUCAUGUAAAACAAAGUUUUUGAGUGUGGUAGGGCUAUAAAGAGAAAUUCAUUACUAUCAUCUUGCGUGGUUCUAGUUUUCCACAGGAUAUUGUAAAAAAGUGAUUUACCAUGGAUUUAAAGAAGAUAGUGAAAGAUUUGAAUGGUAAAGUGAAACAUUUUGAUAAAGAAGAAAAUAGAAGGGCUCUUAUAACAAACCUUCAAAUAUUGAGUGGCACAGACGACCUGUCAGUGUUUGAGGCCAGUAGUUACGAGGGGUCAGAGCUGUUUGUCAGUCUUUAUGAGCUGCUCACCAACCAUUCGUCUGAUUCUGAGCUGGUUUGGUGUGUAGUCAGUGUGUUAGGGGUGGCUGUUCAUAACCCAUGCGCUAGAGCUACCCUCGUCCACACCUACCACUUCAUACACCCACUCACCACUCUUCUGGACACUCAACUCACCAGGGAGAAGAAGUCUGCCAUACUCAAAAUCAUACAGGAGCUGAGUUUUGGAGUAGUGAUCAGCUGGCAGGAGGCUCACCUGUCCAAGCUGAUUGGAAUACUAGUGAGUCUGAUGAUGGAUGAAGAUGAUCAGCUGACUCCUCUCUCACUAGGGGUGUUGGUAAACCUGCUUCACAACAACAAGCCGGCCAUCUACACACUCAUGGACUGUGUGGAUAUCAAAAAGUUGAUCCGCAAAGUUGUCAAUUUGCACAGAGACAAUGUAGAGACUAGUGUGCAGGUUUGCAAACUUCUCAUGGUUCUUGAUCAUCUCUCCAGCAAUGUUCCCGAUGCUGAGAUAUUGACGUUUGUACGAGUGUCUUUUAUCAGAAUCAGGAAAGCAUUUUUGUCUGGCAACUACUACCACAUGCGCCACAUUGUCCACUUCUUCAGAGAUGCGAAAGAUAGUAAACAUGGCCGAAAAGUCCUCUUGACCUAUCCACACUACCCAGAAGAGAUCAACAAGUUGAUGGAAGCUGUCAAGAGCCGAGAGUCAGCAGAUUGGCAGUGUGCCCAGCAGAUGGUGGAGUUUCUGCUACAGUUGGUAGACCUGGAGAUGCCAGCUGUCACAGCUAUGUUCACCUUUUUGGCCCAGGUGUUGCUGAGGUUGGUAUCAGUGGACAACGUCGCCCCAGCUGUUCUGCAGCUAUUCUCUGUGAUGCUGCGUCAGUCUCGCAACAAAGACGAGCAGGAGUAUAAACGUAUUACCUCUUGUUUAGGAACUCAGCUUCAGAUGUUCAUCGAGAUCUUACACACCAACUGCAAGGCUGAUACAAGCAAAGCGUCAGUGAGGGAUUUGUUGGUUGGCUUGUUUCAUCUGUUCCAUGAACUGAAUGAAAACUCUGCCUUCUGUAGUCUCAUUGCUACUCAAGUAGACAAGGAGCUUGUCAAGAACCUUCUACUUCCCCUAGUCACUUUGAACCCCAGUGAUGAAAACCAGCUGUUCCAUCAUCCCCUCACAGAGCUGUGUGUGGAGGUUUUAGGUUUUCUGUCAGAGCUGAGUUUGGAUGACAAGGAGUGGUUAUUUUUAUAUUCAGAGCUCUUGCAAAAAAAGCAGAUACUAAAAAUAUUAGCUAUUGCCCUCUAUUCUGGAACCUAUGAAGUGAAGAAACAAAUCCUGUAUCUAGCUGGCACAACAAGCUUCUCAAGCGACUGCUUGACUGGAAUGUCCAAGUAUCUUGCUGAUCUUAAUCAACUGUUUUUACUGCCAUCACCUCCCCCCAGAAACCCUCGCCCGGAUUUGAUUACCGACACUCCAAGCCCAACAACACAGAUUGAUUUUGCUCCGAGGUUUAGCAAAGGACAAAGUGAAAGUUUGAAUAGUUUAAUCCAGAAAUUAGAAGAUAUGAUUGCAAAAAAUAAGAUACAAGACUUGUCACUGGCUGGUAUAAUCGAGCUGUACAACUAUAAGCUGACUGAGGUACAGAGGGCAGAAAGAUCCCUGCAGAGUAGUUUGGAGGCGGCCGACAAACACAGGACCCAGCUAUCUCAUAGAGUAGCACAGCUGUCUGCAGAGACUGGUCGACUACAUCAGCUAUUAUACUCCAGCCAUCAGAGUGUAGAGAGUUGUCAGUCAGAGUCAGAGUUGUUGAGAGAGCAGCUACGAGCGGCCCAAGAGUCUGCCAGCUCAUCACACAUCAAGUUCAAACAGCUAAAACAAGACGUCAGCUCAAAAAGCAUGAUUAUUAAAGAACAGAGCGAAGAAAUAUCUAAAAUGAAGAGAGUUAUUGAAGAUCAAGAAAAGAGAUGUGAAACACUGGACCAAAAGACAGCGGAUUUGGAGAAAAAGUCAGAAGUUUUGAAACAGACCCUUCAAAACCUCGAAGCAGAAAAAUCAGAUCUUCAGGCAGCUAACACUAAAAUGUUAGGCCUUAUAAAAGGGCUGGAAAAAACAAUCAAAGAAAAAGAAAAAGAGGUUGGUGAUCUGGAGAAACGUCUUGCUGAGAAAGAAAAAGAUUUGCAGGAAUCAGAAAGAACCAGAAAAUUGAUAUUUGAUAUUGUUGGAGGAAAGAAAAAAUAA